UCUUGGGUUCUUCUUCUUCUCACGAUUCGUUAAAAAGCCGUAUCAAUGAAUCAGAAUCUUCAAGUAUUAUCAAUGGAUUCGUUACCAGUUGGAUUAAGAUUCCGUCCUACAGACGAGGAGCUAAUCCGUUACUAUCUCCGGAGGAAAAUCAACGGCCACGAUGACGACGUCAAAGCUAUCCGAGAGAUCGAUAUUUGUAAAUGGGAACCUUGGGAUUUACCUGAUUUUUCUGUGAUCAAAACUAAAGACUCAGAGUGGCUCUACUUCUGUCCAUUGGAUCGGAAGUAUCCGAAUGGAAGUAGACAGAACCGGGCAACAGUUGCAGGCUAUUGGAAGGCGACUGGAAAAGACCGGAAGAUAAAAUCUGGUAAGACUAAUAUUAUUGGUGUGAAGAGAACUCUGGUUUUCCACGCUGGUCGAGCUCCUAGGGGAACACGAACCAAUUGGGUUAUUCAUGAGUAUCGUGCCACGGAGGAUGAUCUUAGUGGCACCAAUCCUGGCCAGAAUCCGUUUGUCAUAUGUAAAUUGUUCAAGAAACAAGAACUGAAUUUAGCAGAAGAAGAUUCGAAGUCGGAUGAAGUUGAAGAACCUGCUGUCUCGUCUCCAACUGUUGAAGUGAGUAAGUCAGAAGUAUCUGAGGUCACUAAAACCGAAGAUGUGAAGCGUCAUGACGUUGCAGAAUCUUCUCUUGUAAUCUCUGGAGAUUCUCAUAGUGAUCCUUGUGAUGAAGCUACAACCGCCGAGCUUGUGGAUUUUGGUUGGUAUCCGGAAUUGGAGUCCCUGGAUUACACGCUGUUCUCACCAUUACAUUCUCAAGUCCAAUCCGAGCUUGGAUCCUCUUACAAUACAUUUCAGCCUGGCUCGAGUAAUAUUUCAGGGAACAACAACAACAGCUUCCAGAUUCAGACUCAGUAUGGUACAAAUGAAGUAGAUACGUAUAUAUCCGAGUUUCUUGAUUCGAUUCUUAAGAGCCCAGACGAGGAUCCAGAGAAGCACAAGUAUGUUUUGCAGAGUGGUUUUGAUGGUACAGCACCAGAUCAGAUUGCGCCAGUGUAUCAACAGGGCUCAGCAGUUAACAUGAGCAAUGAUGUUUCAGUAACGGGUAUCAAGAUUAAGAGUCGGCAGGCACAAUCUUCAGGUUGUACCAAUGACUAUAUAGCGCAGGGAAAUGGCCCGAGAAGGCUACGUCUGCAAAGUAACCUUAAUGGCAUUAACUCGAAGAAUCCAGAGCUUCAAGCUAUCAAGAGAGAGGCUGAGGACACGGUUGGAGAAACUAUAAAGAAAGGGUGUGGAAAGCUAAAGAGAUCAAAGAACGUAACCGACUUUGUGUUUAAAAAGAUUAUGUCGGUGAAAUGUUCAUACGGAGGACUCUUUAGGGCGGCGGUAGUUGCAGUUGUGUUCUUGACGUCAGUCUGCAGUCUAACCGUAGAUUUCAGAGCAUCUGCAAUGCCCUGAACACAAAACUUUUUGUAAAUAUAGUGCUUGAACCGGCCGGUGUUUUUGCUUCUGUUAUUGGUUUCAGGCUUUCGCCAGUUUGUAAGAGGUAUUUGUUUUACAUGUAGUUAGGCUGCUUAUGUAAACGUUAUGACGAGAGAGAGGUCAAGACUCUACUUACUUCUUUGACUUAUUAGAAUUCUUCUUACAUGAUUAAAGUUAUGUUUUUUUU